AUGUUGACAAAGGAGAAGGAAUGGCAAGCUGUCAAGAAGAAAUCAGCUGCAAGGGGCACUGCAAUGAUGUCAAUAGGUGAUGGAGCAGAAUGGGUGCAAAGAGAUAGAGCAGAAGAACAAACCUCCAAACAUAUCCAAAUAAAACUGAUUACAUGGAAUGUUAGAGGGCUGAGUAAAGAUCAUAAGCAAAGGGAGGUACGGAAGUUUAUACAUGAGAAUAAAGUAGACUUACUAGCAAUAGUAGAACAUAAAGUAAAUAAGAAACAUGUUGAGGCAAUAAUAAAGAGAAUAGCUCAAGGGUGGAAUUGGGUUGCAAACUACAAUGCUCAAGACAAAGGCAGAAUAUGGAUUUUAUGGAAUCCUCAUGUCCUCACCUUUACUGCACAGAUCAUCCAUGAGCAAUUUAUCUAUGGAGUUAUAAGAGGACAAAGUACUAGUUUCCAUUUUGCAGCAAUCUAUGGUUUGCACACAGUAGAAAGCAGAAGAGAACUCUGGUCUGAACUCAGGAAUAUUCAUGCUGGUGUGCAAAUUUCCCUACUCUUGAUGGGUGAUUUCAAUGCCAUCAAAGAACUGGAAGAUCGAUCAAGCAACAAUAUUGUACAUGAUAGUGAUGUUAAGGAUUUCAAGGACUUUCUGUUUAAUACUGGAAUGGAUGAGUUACCAUAUGUGGGAAGUAAGUAUACGUGGAGUAAUGGACAUGUACAAAGCAAGAUUGAUUGGUCCAUUGUAAACACGACAUGGUUGCUACAAAUGCCACCAACCUCUGUUAUUAUUAUGGAACCUUUCUUCUCUGACCAUUCACCCUUGUUAAUUGUGGUGGAUGAACAGAGUAGGAGAGCACCCAAACAAUUUAAAUUUUUCAACUAUAUGGCUGAUCAAGAGGAAUUCCAUGAGACGGUUGCAACUUGCUUGGCAAAACAGGUAAAAGGCUCAGCUUUAGAAAAAGUUUGGCAGAAACUCAAAAAUGUUAAACAUGGAAUACAGGGGCUGAAGAGCACAAAGUAUAAUGGGGUGGAAAUAAAGGUUCAAGAGUAUAAAGAACAACUACUAGCAGUCCAACAGCAGAGGAUAAAUGGGCAACAUCCAGAACUGAAUGACACUGAAAGAGAACUAAGAAAACAAUUUGAGAAAUGGGCAGCCAUUGAAGAAAGCAUUGCUAGACAUAAAUCAAGAGUACGAUGGCUUAAACUUGGAGACUCAAACUCUACAUUCUUUUUUACUAACAUGAAAAAUAGGAAUGUGCAGAACAGGAUUCAUGUUCUGAAAGCUUCAAAUGGGAAUUUGAUACAGAAUCCAGAGGGCAUAGAACAUGAAAUUGGUAAUUUCUAUCAAUGUCUACUGGGAACUACUACUCCACACUUACCUGAUGCGGAUCCUAUCAUAUUCAUACAGGGUUAUAUUCUGCCCAGGAAAGAACAACUUAAUCUAAUUACACCAGUCACAAAGGAGGAGAUCAAACAAGCCCUAUAG